GCAGAGUCAGAUAACUGAACUGGUUUGGUCAGUGUGUCAUGAACUAAAUAUCAUAAAUACACGGGAAGUGCACGUUCUACACAGACGCUGCAGAUAAACACACAGUGAGAGGAACAACAUGGGAGUGAGAGAUCGAAACAAAACCACCAAGGAGGACUGACACGCUGAAAAAAGAAGACUGAAGAAAAGUGUGAUCUCAUCAGAUCUCUGGUUUAACUACAACAGAACCUGCAGCAGAACCCAGAGGAACACUAGAACAGUGUAUUCCUCUCUACAGCUGAGGAACAAAGACAGCUUCAGAUCAGAAUGUGGGCCGAGUCUUUCUUCAGGAGUUUAUUGUCUUAAAGUUUUCCUCCACUUUCCCGGUGUGUGUCCUGGGAGCGUCUCCGGAUCCAGACCAGGAUAGCAGCUCUUACUGGAGAUAAAUGAGUGAAUGUCUUGGCAUUGAGCUGGAGGUUUAUUUCUGUAGAAAGUAAAUGGAUGAUCCUGAAGCCACUGUUUCUGCACCUCCUCCUUCAUACACUGAAGCUACUCAGAGUUCACAGCCUCAGACUCCUCCUCCUACAUAUGUGGAAGCAGUCGGUGUCCCUCCUAUGCAGCUGGACAGUGCUGUGUCUCCUUAUCCCAUCCUCAGCAUUCCCACAGAGGUCACUCCUGUACAUCACACACAGGCAGUGUUUGUUCAGCCUUCACCCCAUCAGCUGUUGGCUGGAACAUUGGGUGCUGCUCCCACUGUGAUUAUUUGCCCUUACUGCCAUCAACAAAUUACCACCAGUGUGUCUUAUAAACCUGGGAAUGCAGCAUGGGCCAUGUGCUGCCUGCUGACACUUUUGGGACUCGUCUGUGGAUUUUGCUUAAUUCCCUGCUUCGUGAAAGAAUUCCAGGAUGUUCAUCAUUCAUGUCCUGCUUGUAGUAAAUUCUUAGGGAUAUAUGUUCGCUAACACAUUUGUGUCAGACUGUUGGACUGAUGUGAAGCUUCUGUAUUAAUGUGCUGUGUUUUCUGUCUGAAACAUGCUGUAUAUAAAAAAACCUCCACACUGCUCUUCCUGUAUAUUUCUGAACUAUAGAUGUCACUUCCUGUAUAGCUGUGGUUGUGUUGCUGCAGUAAAUGUAUUAUUUGUGUGUAGUUUUUUGUGUAAAGUGUGGCUGAAGUCUUCAUUACUCUCUUACUUUCAGCUUCAACAUUACACUCCAUAACCUGAUACACAGAGACUGAAUUCAGAUAUGUUUGAUAAAAAAAUCUCAGUACAUCUGUACUCACUCCUGCUGCAUUUUUCUCUUAAACCACUAGGUUUAAUUUCAUGCAAAUAAAUACUUUUAAUGAAUGAUUUUUUAAAAAAUAAUUUUUAACA